AAACAAACCUGAAUAAAUACGUCAUCCUGGUAUUUGUCAAACUAGUGACCACCGUGAUGUCAAAGGCUAUCUGUUAAAUUCGUGGAAUACCCAAUGACCAAUCUGGUUAAUACAAAACAAUAACUUUUCGAUCGAAGUUACACCAGGAAAGUUGAAGUAAAAUAAUUGGGUGUACCUUAAUAAUAAGUUCGGUAACAAAACUGACUGAUUAAAAAUGAACAAUUGAAGGUCAACGUUUUGGAUGUUGUUUUGUUGAUAACGAAGAUUUAUUUAUUUAUUUUUGUUUCAACUGGAUUUUGUUUUUGUUAGAAGUGUUUUGUUUUAAUUAAAAUCGGAAUUCAUUAUUGUGUUUGGUUAGUUUUUCAAAACAUGGAAUCUAAUUUGGAUUAUUCCAAUACAUCAAUUAAUGCUUUGAAUAAAUCCAAAAAAAUAUUGGUAGAAGCAUUAAACAUACCAAGAGCGACUCUAAAUGAUGAAGGAGUGCAAAAAGAUUGGCGAGGUUUAUUACACUAUAUAGGAGGAGAUAUUGGAUCUAUAUCACCUGUAAAUCCUUAUCCUGCUGAGAAGGUUUUAGAAAUAUGGCAAUUUUCUAAAGAAUUAGCUGAGACGUACAAUGUAGAAUCUUUACUCAAUUAUUUAAAACAGCUUGAUCGUUGGGAUAUUAUCGAUGACAUUCUAGAAUUUAUAGAUGAAGAUAUUCGGUUGUAUGUAGAAAAAAAAUCAAUUUCUCGAAACGAAUUAUUCAACAAUGAGCCGUAUAUUGAAGAUGAUCCUUCUGCUUUAACUAUAAGUAAAGAAAAUUAUGAUGCCUUCGUUUUGUACCAUGACAAUGAUGAAAAAGAUGGAGAAAAACUUGUUAAAGGAUUAGAAAGUAAAAAUAUACGAUGUUGUACAAUUGAUCGAGAUUUAUUAAUUUCACAAUUUCAACAUGACGCUAUUACCACCUUAAUUUCAAAACGUUGUUCAAAAUUAGUUAUUUUAAUUACGAAAUCAUUUUUAAAGUCUGCCUUAUUUACAUAUAUUGAAAAAUAUGCACAAGCACUUGGAAUAGAAAGAGGUACAAAUAAGUUAAUACCGUUGAGAUACGAAAAAUGUGACGUACCAGAACGUUUACAAUUUUAUUAUAUGAUUGAUUUUACUAAAGAAGCAACACGAACAAUAGAUGAGUAUUAUAAUGCUCAAUUGAUUCGAGUAUGUCGUUCAAUUAAUCCAGACAUACCCCAAAUAGAAAAUACUAAAGUACCUGCACGAAAAGUAAACAUUCCAGAAAUUACAGACAAACGAAUUGUUGAAAAAAACCAGCCUAGGCCAACGAUAGACAUCGCUAAGCCACAAUCUGAUAAUUCUAUAGUUGAAGGUGAUAUCAAUAGAAUUAUUACAAAUACCGAUUUAAUAAGUAAUACAAUAACCAAUAAAGAAAAUAUAAAUAUAGAUAAUAUUGAAUCUCAUCAAAAAGAUGAUAAAAUAAAUAAAGUCAAGAAUAAAAGAACACAGAAAAAAACUGUAUGGAAAAAAAUUAAAAAAGCAUUUGUAAAGAAGAAAGUACAAACAGCUUUAAUGGAAGAAAAUUAAGGUCAGAUUGAUAUUUUAGAAAUUUAUGUAUAC